CAAAAACAAAACAAAAGAAAUUCACAAAUUGCGAGUAAAAAUUAUUAAAUUUCCUGUUUUAAAACCCGAAUCGAGUGCAAAAAAGAGGAAAAAAUGGGAAAUCAAUUGGUAGCGGUUGCUCCAUCACAAAUUUUACCCGUUGAACAUUACUUGGUGCCCUUUGAACUCGAUCUGCAAUAUGAAGCAAAUAUGGGAAGUACGAGAUUUCUUAAAGUAGUGCGGGCAAAAAGUGACGAAGGACCCGUCGUGAUAAAAGUUUUUGUGCGUCAUGAUCCUUCUGUGCUUUUGGAUGUGCAUGAGAGAAGAUUAGCAGAAAUUCGUAAAGGGCUGAAUGGAGCAAUUAAUUGUUUGCCAUUUCAGCGAUGGUUUUUAACGGAAAAAGCAGGCUUAAUAGUGCGUCAAUACGUGAAACACAGUUUGUACGAACGCAUCCCAACUCGUCCAUUCCUCACAGUCAUCGAAAAAAAGUGGAUUACGUUCCAAAUCUUAUACGCCUUGUACCAAUGUCACAAGCAAAAAAUCUACCACGGCGACAUCAAACUCGAAAACAUCAUGCUAACCUCCUGGAAUUGGAUUUUACUCACAGAUUUCGCGUCAUUCAAGCCCGUUUACCUUCCCGAGGACAAACCAGCCGACUAUAAUUACUUCUUUGACACGAGUCGACGACGCACGUGCUACAUCGCGCCCGAAAGAUUCUUGAAAUCGCCUUCUGUGGAGAAAGAAAACGAAGGAUUGACACCAGAAAUGGACAUUUUCUCAACAGGAUGUGCUUUGCUCGAACUUUGGACUGAUGGAACUGCUCCGUUUGAAUAUUCGCAACUUUUGGCCUACAAAAACGGCGACGUUGACAUGGCAACGAAACACUUGCAAAAUAUCGAGAACAAAAAUUUACGCGGAUUACUUGCUUCGAUGAUUCAUCUGGAUCCGAAACAGAGAAAAGCAGCGGAAAUUUAUCUCGACGAAGAACGAGGAAGACUUUUUCCCGAAUAUUUUUACUCUUUUUUGCAAUCUUACGUGCAAAUGUUCUCAUCAACGCCAAUAAUGCCCAUUGAUGACAAAUUAACGAGACUUUAUUCGGAUAUCGAGCAAAUAAUUGAGAUUUUAUGUGAUAAGGACACGAGUGUAACAGGAGAUUCUGUCGCAAAACCCGAAGAAAACACAAACGGAUUGAUUUUAAUGACAACUGUGGUAACUUCAUGCAUUCGCGGCAUCAAAAGAUGCAACUCGAAAAUUUUCGCGUUGGAAAUUUUGCAUAAAUUAGCACAAAAUACGAGUUCCGACAUCAUUUUAGAUCGAAUUUUGCCCUAUAUUUUGUAUCUAACGAGCGAUCCGCUGCCUCGAGUUCGCGUUUGUGCUUUGGAUAAACUCACGGAAUGCGUUUCUUUGGUCCAAAGACUCCCGAAAAGUGAUUGGAAUAUUUUCCCGGAGUACAUUUUACCAUCAAUUUCACCUUUAGCCGACGAUAAAUCCGACAUUGUUCGCAUCGCGUAUGCUCGAAACAUCGCAACUCUCGCAGAAACUGCCGUGAAAUUUUUGCAGCAUCAACAACAAGAUUUUCCCGACGAAAUGACGUCACAACGGUAUGAAAUGGAGCUCAAUGCCUUGCAUGAAGUGUUGGAACAGGCAAUUAUGUAUCUUUUAACGGAUUCCCAAUCGAUUGUGAAGCAAACUUUAAUUGAAUCGGGAAUUACCAAAUUAUGCGUCUUUUUCGGGCGUCAAAAAGCGAACGACAUAAUUUUAUCGCACAUGAUCACCUUUUUGAACGACAAAACAGACAAAAACCUCCGUGGUUCGUUUUUCGAUUGCAUCGUUGGCGUCGCUGGCUUCGUUGGAACUCACUGUUCGCCAAUUCUCGCGCCGUUAUUGGAACAAGGACUUACCGAUCCCGAAGAAUUUGUCAUUGCAAAGGCAGUUCGAGCAACAACAGCUUUGACUGAAUUGGAUUUGAUCCAAAAAUCAGGCCUCGUGGAUUUUAUCAAGGCUUGCGGAUGUUAUUUGAAUCACCCGAAUUUGUGGAUUCGACACGAAGUUGGGGGUUUGAUAUCGACAGCGGCGAAAAAAUUGUCUCCGUUGGAUGUGCAAUGCAAAAUAAUGCCGUCGAUCGUGAAUCAUCUGAAAAUUCAAUUGAUUCAAGUUGAGAAGCCGGAGUUACUGUUGGAUUGUUUGCAGAAACCAUUGCCACGAACGAUUUAUGAUGCAGUGUUGAGAUUUCCGGAAAUUGAGCAGUUUAUUGAUGUGAUUAAACAGAGGAAGACAAUAAGGGAUCGCGUGAAUCAGGGACAGAUGCCGCAGCAGAUUGAGAUGUCGACUUCUGUUAAAAAUCUCUUCCGCCGCUUACAAAACGACGGUCUUGACGAAAUCGCCGAAAUCCAACUUCUCUCAAUGUCAAAACAUCUUCUGAAAAUUCACCGUUAUCGCAGUAUCGAGGAACGCAAAUCAGAUGGCGCCAAAGUUCGUCAACUCGAUGGUCGCUUAAAAGUUGCUCCCGGCAUCUGUUUAGAAGUCAAUUUAAAUGAUCGUCAAACGAAGAACGACUUGAUGAAACGUCAUCGAAAAACGGGUUCAGAUGCUUCGAAUUUGGAUACUUUCACAAACAUCGACUCGCCAUCUCCAACACCUUCGUUACCAUCAAACGACUCAAUUUUGGCUUCGAACAACCAACCGGCAAUGUCUCUCGUGGAUUACAGCAUGCCCGACAGAAUUUCCGUGAAAGAACAAAUUGCCGAAUGUCGCGGGCAACUAGAUGGGUUGAUUGAUGAAUUAAAAGGACAAUAUUCGGUCAAUUCUCACGAUUUCACAGAACUUUCGACUUCGUAUCAGAUCCCGUCAAAAUGGAAACUCAAAGGAACGCUGAUCGCACAUUUGCACGAACAUAAAAGUGCGGUAACGAGAAUGACGUCGUUGAAGCCGUUUUCUCAUUUGUUCACGAGUAUCUCGACAGAUGGCACUGUUAGACUUUGGGAUUGUAAUAAAUUGGAUGGGCAACACAGCAUUAAUCGAUCUCGUCAAAUUUAUUCCGCAGAUACGCCUUUAUAUGCCGUUGCUGCCUGCGAAUCGGGUCAAUCUAUCGCUGUAGCAGGCAAAGAUGGGACAUUAUUGCUUCUGAAACUCGAUCCAACAUCGGGAAAGAUGGCGCUUCAACAAGCAAAACAUCUCGAUACGAACAGCAAUGGCGAAGGAUGCGUCGUCGAUAUGAUGCCGUUGGACCAAGGAUCGCAAAAUACGAUCGUUUAUUGCACCGUUUACGGCUCGAUCGUCGGUUGGGACAUUCGCAUGCCCGAAAUGGCGUGGCAAUUCGAAAAUGACUUGCACAAAGGCGUCAUCACGACAAUGUGCAUCGAUCCAACAAGCAGCUGGCUCGCCGUUGGAACAAGUAGCGGAUGGCACAUUUGUUGGGAUUUACGUUUCCGUCUCCCGAUUCACGGCAAAAACGGCAUAAAACAUCCGCAUGACUCACGAAUCCGUCGAAUCACGUGUCACCCGACCGAAUCUUCGUGGCUGAUCUCAUCUUCGCAGAAAAAUAACGAAGUUUUCUCGUGGAACAUCGAAACGCAACAACGUCAAACAGCAUUUUGGGCGAGUCCGGCGCCAGCUCUCUCGAAUACGACAACUUCGUCGCAUUCGGUUUGCGCGAUGUUGACAGGCGCUGUCGAUAAAACGCCAUUUUUGCUCACGGGAGGCAGCGAUCAGCGGAUUCGUUAUUGGGAUUUUGCAAAUUCAGACAAUUGUGCUGUCGUUGUUCCAUCGCCCAUGGAUGCAAUUAAUAAAUCCAGUAUCACUUAUGAUUCUCGUUUGAUCGAUGGAACAAGAGUAAUUCAGGAACUCGAAACAAAAUUAAGUUCAACGAGAAAAACGGAAGAUUCGGCGAGAUCAGCGCCAGAAUUGCCUCAUCCAGGACAUCAUGAUGGCAUAACGGAACUUUUGAUGUGCAAAACUGAGAAGCAGGUUUUCGUUGCGUCAAGUAGUCGAGAUGGAGUCGUCAAACUCUGGAAGUAGAUGACUUUCUUCAGAUGAAGGAUUUAUGAAUUUUUUAAUGACAAUGUGAUCAAAAUAUUUAUUCCAAUUUUAUGAAAUAUUAAAAAAAUAAAAUAAAAAUAAAAAAUUAUA